AUGGCACCGCGUCAAAGUCUCGUUAGCAGAUAUGAAGCAAUGCUCUGGGUGUUUAUCGUGCUGAACGCUAUACUGGUGCCGUACAACUCGGCGGAAGAGGCGCCAUAUGUCCAGAUCCUACACGACAGCAUUUAUGAAGGCGAUCGUUUCAGCACCAGCUGCGUGCACUGGAGAACCUGGUUGACCGGCCGCGAAAGCCUCAGAGACUGGUGCACUGUGUUUAUGGAGACACUGGGCUGCGUGCCUGCCAGAGUUGUGGGCUGCCUGUGGCGUGCACGGAACUGGGCUCUGCAGCGUCCAAUACCUUCGUUUUUCUUUCGUUUGCUGGGUUCAUGGAUCGAACCAAAGUUACCCUGCCUCAUCCUCGUACGCUGCAUCAUCGGCAGCAUAUCAUGGAUGUCGCUGGUACUUGGCCAGCGCGCCCUCUCCAACGACGAGGCUCGCACGUACAGUAUGGAACUGCUCUGUGUUCAGUUCUCGGUAAUCCUGGGUGCCAGUCGAAUUUCGCCUGUGAGCCUCAGCAUCGUCGUGUUCAGCUCCGUUCAAGCUCUGAUCCUAAAGGGAUAUGCGAAGGCAGGUUUAGCGGUGUUGAGCUUUGUAGGCACAGCCUCGCUGAUACAGACGGGCUUUCUGCAGGUUUGGUUCAUACUAGCAGACCUAACCGGCUCUGCUGGUGGAAAAACUUUUCUCCUGGGCUUGCUUUCUCGAUGUUCUGCACUGCUGAUUGGAAGUCUCCUGGCAUUUGGCAUGUUGGGUACGACAAUGAUUCCUGCAAUGCGCGGCGGAUUCCUGCUUCAAUAUGAACCAGGUACCCUGCAAAGAAUUCUGACGCAUGCUCCGACCCGUGUGAUGCUCCAGUACCUUACUGCACACAGCAAAGCGUUCAUCUCUCGACUCGCUUUGGUAAUCAUAGCUUACGUGUUACUAGUCAAGCGCGCUCCAUUCAAGGCGGGCACCGCCGGGAGAAUGGCAUUUCCCGCGCUCGCGUACAUUGCAUGCACUGCUUCGCCGUCGACGGUAUUCCACUCGGCAGUUCCGGUGACUCCUCUCAUUUGCGCUGCAGCUGCUACUAUUCUAGGUCGUUUACAUGAUUUUGGCUUAACCGCCAUUGAGUCACAGAAACUCCAGGAGGCAGCUACAGCACUCAAUGAGCUAGACUUGCGACCAUACAGGCGGGUGAUGAAAGAAGCAGAGCGCAAACGGCGCGUUCGCCGCCUGCUGCGGUUUUGUCGUCUGCUACUCGUUGGCGGGGCUAUCAUCCUUCAGGCCUUAUUUUUGACUGUUUCCGUUUGGAAUUCGCCAGGCGCAGAGGCGAUGCGAGCUCUUCACCGUGCGUAUCUCUUGCCCGGCGACCCGCCGCGGGGCGCCGCUUGUCCGGAUCCAUACGUUCACAUUGAUGCGGCCUCGAUCCAAACAGGCGCCUCUACGUUCCUUGAAGUACCCGCCUGGAAGUACGCCUGGGAAUCCGAACCGCGUGAGGGCGCCUCUAAGAGUCUGGUGUUGACACAUCUAGUCACGGAGCAAGUGACUGUCGCUGGUUUCGAACGCGUUUAUGCCUCCCGUACCUUUGCUGGUCUAACCAGGUUCUACCCUUUUCUGAGAUUCCAGGAGAGGAUCUUUGUUCAUCGGCGUCUAUCUGGGUAUGCAGGUGCAAAUGAUGGGCUCGAGCAGCACUUGCCACUGCCUGGCUGCUGGCCAGCGAGACUGCCUUGGAACUAG